UGGCCCGAAACCCGCUACAACUCCCUACUAUUUAAAUGCCCGGAACACGAACGUUACAGAACGUAAACGGCGUCACCUACCACGACGUUAUUUGAGCCCUGAUCGUGAGAAAGGAGCAGUGGCAAAUUACUUUCGGAUAGGGUCUACGAUACAGUCCACCGCGGCUCGGGAAGGUUUUCAAAACUUUCGUGAAGGAACGGUAGUGAGCUUCCACGACACGGCGGCGCUUGGUCAGCCGGGCGUCGGACGAUGAACCAGUUACUAGCAAGUUCGCGAAUGGAGUAUCGCGCGCGCCCAGCGGGGGACGAAGUACUUUCUACUAAUUGAGACGGAGAUGGGGACCAGGUUUGGAGGGACCACUGUGAAGACAUAGAGACGAGGAGCAAAUAUGCUGAGAGCAUGCUUCAGCUGGCCACAACCAUUUGGCCUUACAGGGACCGCAUCGAGUGGUGCUACGACACGAUGAGGGAGUACUUCUUUGGUGGCGGCCUCGAGCGCAGCCUGCGAAGGCACUACAGGAAAAUGGGUCUGCCAUGUUCCGAGUCCAUUCUCGAGCAAGCCAAAGAAGUCCUGGGAUUUGCUGAGGAAAAGGUGCGUCUUCUGGACGUUGGAAGUUGCUACAACCCUUUCAGUGCUUAUGGAGAUGUGGAUGCACUUGCCAUCGACCUGACGCCUGCUACAGAGGAUGUCAUACAGUGUGACUUCUUGAAGCUGAUGAUUGUGCCCGGAAAGGACGAGAAGGCAGCCAGCAGUGUUAAAACACCUCUGGAGGCACUGCCCGAGAGCAGCUUCCAGGCAGUUGUUUUCUGCCUCGUCCUCGAGUACUUACCGUCCUGCACACAGCGAUGGUCCUUCUGCCGUAAGGCAGCCUUACUGCUUAAGCCUAACGGCCUCCUAUUCAUUGUCACACCAGACUCCAAGCACCAGCAACGAAAUGCUGCCAUGAUUGCAAGCUGGCGAAGCGCACUUGAGCACAUUGGACUUCUCAGAGUUCGCUACGAGAAGAGGCAGCACCUGCAUUGCAUGGCUUUUAGGAAACACGUUCAUCGUCAGGCAGACGAAAGACGUGACCUAAGUAUCACCGAACAUCGAAGAACUGUAAUGGAGGAGGUGUUGUGUAGAGGUGACAUGUGCACACAUGACUUGAGAAAUGUAAUGUACCCCUCUGAUGAUUCAGCGAUUAGCAACAAAGAAAAUUUUGCCUCUCAUAUCAUCGGCACAGCAAAUGACAGCAGAGGUAGUAUGGCCGGACGUUACAGUAAGACAUCCGGUGUUGAGUAUGAGGGAGCAGACAAAGAAUGUCAAAGUUCCAAUAAUGCAGAAUCAAGUAUGAGUGUGACAAAGUCUGUUGCCGAGCACACAGAUGAAGGUUUGAGAAAAGCAGCAGUAGUAGCCAGUGCACCUGCAAGCAACAUUGGUGCAAGAUGCCAGAGCGACACGGUAGACAUGGAAGUCAACAAAUGUUUCGCAGAUACUGAAGAAAGCAUUGCUCAGCUAAUGUACAUACCGCAGGACUCGCGGGAUUAUGUGGCUUUGUUCACCAGGAAAACUACUGAGGAGCGGAGUAGUGCUGAAGACAUUUCUCUGAAAGAUGGGUUUCUGGAGCUUCCACAUUUAGAUGACACGUAAAAUAAAAAUGUGUGGUGCUUUGCUCUAUUGAA